UUCUCAGAGGAACCAUCAUGUGAAGAAGGAAGGUGAGAGCCAGGCUGCCCUCUGAGUGGGUGGGAGAGCAGUAGCUGAGGCGCCUAAGGGCCAUGUGUUCUGGGGGAGAUGCCCUCCCCAUGGUUCUCCCAUUUUUGGGUGUGGAGGAAGUGUUGGAACUGGGGAGGAACAGGCUGUGGUGUCAGGGACACAGAGGUGUAGCUGGGGCAGUGCAAGGGCUGACUGGAGCCUGAGCAGGGAGGAGCCCUGACAUAGGUUUGGCUGGUGACAGCCCCAAGGUGGGCCAGAGGACCAGGGGUCUACAAGAGCUGGGGAAACAAAAGAUGAGAUACCGCUGGCUCGCUGUGCAUCUUGCAGAGGACACUGGCGCUCUCUCACCUGCAUCUUUACCUAGAUUAGAAGUUAUGCAACCUUCCAGAGCUCUACAGCUUUGGGAACUGUGAAAAGUUCAUUUAAAUUUUUUGUGCUUACGAAUCUUUUUUGAUGCACGAGUUUUAUCAAGUGUGUCCAACAUUUUUGUUAAAUGAAUUUGGCAAACCUAUUUGUGCCCUGGUUUAUAUCCCUUGCUGGGAGCAGAUGGGCGUGUGGGCUGUGAGAUGCUACCGGCUAUUUUCAGACCUGCGGUGGCCUCUCUGGGGAGAACAGCGUGCUCAGAGGAAGAGCUUCUUAUAUUUUUGCCUGGACUCGGUUUGUGUUUUCCAGGCUGCCUGAUGCUGAGUGGCCCCAGCACUGUGACGGGCAUCGUGGGGGAAACUCUGAGCGUGCAAUGUCGGUAUGAGGAGAAAUUCAAGGAAAGCGACAAAUAUUGGUGCAGAGAACCGGCUUUGAGACCAUGUUACAAGAUUGUGGAGACCAGUGGGUCAGAGAGAGAGAAGAGGAGGGGCCGAGUGUCCAUCAGUGACCAUCCUGCCCAGCUCAGCUUCACAGUGACCAUGACAAAACUCACAGUGGAGGACGCAGGCAAAUACUGGUGUGGGAUCGAUAUAACAUGGCUCAGAGAUGCACGGCUUCCAUUUGAUCCCACCUUCCAGGUGGUGGUGUCUGUGUCCCCAGCUGAGCCCCACCCCCACACCAGCACCAGGACUGCCGGAACAAGCUCAGUACCAGCACCAAGGUCAAGCACACCUACAAGUACCACGACUUCCACAACCACAACUGACUGUCCAACUGUGCCAUCCACUAUGCUGGCCACAGCAGGUGCCACCCACAGCAGGAGCAGCCAGGAGAAGUCCAACCAGAGCCAGGGCCCAGGGUCCCCACUCCGCAGUGUCCACUUCCUGCUUCUGAUCUUCCUGAAGGUGCCCCUGUUCUUGAGCAUACUUAGUGCUGUCCUCUGGGUGAACAGGCCUCAGAGAGGCCCUCGGGGGAGAUGGAGUCAGCCCAACUAUGAGAACCAGUAGCCCUGGUGUCCAGGAUGCCCUGUCCAGGAUCCAGACCCUCAGGUGGAA